ACACAAUUUCCAGCCAUGGAUCGCUUUGACACUUCCAAAGAUCCGCGCUUCAAGCGCGCACCUCGUCAUGUUCGGCGAGUUCAAGUGGACGGGCGUUUCGCCCGCAUGUUCAAAGACCAGCAGUUCGUGGAGACUCCAAAGGUCGAUGCCCGUGGUCAGCCAUUACGACGUGAUGCGGGGAAGCAGAAACUGCAGGAGUUCUAUGAACUUGCAGGGGUGGAGGGUGCAGAAGCUAUGGCAUCCAGUGCCCAAGAUGAAGAUGUUGCUGAGAACGAAGCUGAAGAUGAACUAGAUCUUGAGGGUCUUGAGGAGGAGGAUUCGGAUGAGUCCGAAGAGGAGGAGGAGCAACUCAUGGAGGACACUGUGGAGGAUAUUCCUCAAGGAGACGCCAGCCGCAGAUUCGCAGUGAUGGGCUGCGAUUGGGAUCAUGUCUCUGCGGGCGACCUCCUGGUGAUGUUUCGUACCUAUCUCGCGACUGCCAGAUCCAAAAGCCAAGCGGGAAGUGUUGACAAAAUCAGCAUUUUCCCAUCGGAUUAUGGCUUGCAGCAGCUUGAACGAGAGGCCAAGGAAGGCCCGUUGCUGGAUUCAGCAAGGGUUGGUCUGGAUGAGAACGAAGAAGCGCAGCAGGAAGCCUUGAGGAAGUACCAAAUGAACCGGACAAAGUACUAUUGGGCCUUGGUGGAAUGUGAUUCUGUUUCCACCGCCUCCUGGCUUUAUGACCAGAUGGACGGGCUUGAGGCAGAUGGUGUUUGUCCUGCCUCCUUGGACUUGCGCUUCGUUCCAGAUGACUUAGAACCGCCGCAUGAGGCAAGCAGCGUUGCAACUGAGCUGCCCAACAAGUUUGCUGGGCCUCAGCAGUUGCGCUCAGCGGCUGGUCAUACCAAAGUGAAAUGUACUUGGGAUGAACCCCCAGCACAGCGGCGGAAGGACCUAAUGAAGAAGAGGUUCACACCACAGGAACUUGCUGAAAUGGACUUGCAGGCUUAUCUAGACUCAGAGUCGGAUGAUGAGAAGCAAGGAGCAGAAGACUUGAAAGCAUUGGUGGCUGGUAGUGACUCUGAGGGUUUUUUUGACGAAAGUGAUGGCAGUGAAGGUGAGAAGCAGAAGCGCAGCGCCUCGAAGAAUGAAGGUGAUAUGGAGGCGACCUUUAGCGUUAAGGCUAGCAUGCUUGAAGACAAGCUCUCAGCCCGAGCAAAGCAGGAAGGUCAGGGAGUGCAUACCUUGCAGCAGCAGCCACAGAGUGCUUGGGAGAAAUAUUUGGACAAAAGGAAACAGAAGAAGAAAGAAAGAAAACAGAAAGCCAAAGAAGAUCGGGAAAAGCUCAAAAAACAAAAGAGUGACGAUGCUAAGGGCCUUGGUCCUGAAGACAUCGAAGAUCGUCCUGAAGAGCUGGACUUGUUGAUGGAUGAUUCCAAAGAGCGGGGCUUCAACCUUCGCGGACCACAGCGAAGAGCCCACGACCAUGGUCCAAGUACAGAUGAACUGGAUCAUUUCAAGAUGAAUGUGAAUGACACUCGUAUUUCCAAGGUUUUCAAUAGUGCUGACUUUGAGAUUGAUCCCACGAAUCCCGAAUUCCGCAAGUCUGAAGGCAUGCUCGAAGUGCUCAAGGAGAAGCGCAAGCGCAAGGCCAAGUCAUCGAAGCCCAAGCCGCAGGCUGCAGGCACCACUGGCACCACUGGCACCACUGCCACGGCCACCAAGGCCACCAAGGCCAGCAAGGCCACCAAGGAGCCGAUCGUGACCUCCAAAUCCGGGCUGCCCGGGCUGCAGAUCUUCGCAUCUCAAAAGAGAUCCGAAGAAACUGAGUCGAAACCCACUGAAAGCCCAGGCCCUACAGGCACAGGCUCUACAGGCCCUGCCAAGAAGCGCAAGAGAAAGGCAGGCUGAAA